GGCAGCGCAGGCUGCGGCUCGCGGGGACCGUCCGGGGCUCUGCACUGGGUUUGGGAGCGUUUCCCCCGGGGCUUUUUGAGGAGGGAGGAUUCCUCCCCCUCUUGGCUGGGAUUUUCCUCCCUUGCCGAAAUGGACUUUCAUUGAUUUCUUCUUAUUUCUUCAGCGUUUAGCGACCGAUUCCCUAAGCGUGUUUUUGUGGUAGUUCCUUUUUUUCUUUUUCCUCUUCCAAAUACAUAAUCUGUUAAGAUGGAGAACGAAAUUUUUACUCCCCUUCUGGAGCAGUUCAUGACCAGCCCCCUGGUCACUUGGGUUAAAACGUUUGGACCUCUGGCUGCAGGAAAUGCGACCAACCUGGAUGAGUAUGUGGCUUUGGUGGAUGGAGUGUUCUUGAACCAGGUCAUGCUCCAAAUUAAUCCUAAAGCGGAGAGUCAGAGAGUAAAUAAAAAAGUCAACAAUGAUGCUUCACUUAGAAUUCAUAAUCUGUCCAUUUUGGUGAAACAGAUAAAAUUUUAUUACCAGGAGACUUUGCAGCAGCUGAUUAUGAUGUCAUUGCCAAAUGUCUUAAUCAUUGGUAAAAAUCCCUUUUCUGAGCAAGGCACAGAAGAAGUUAAAAAGUUGCUUUUACUCUUACUGGGUUGUGCAGUUCAGUGUCAGAAAAAGGAAGAAUUUAUUGAAAGAAUUCAGGGUUUAGAUUUUGAUACAAAAGCAGCAGUUGCCGCACAUAUUCAAGAGGUAACCCAUAAUCAGGAAAAUGUGUUUGAUCUACAAUGGAUGGAGGUGACAGAUAUGUCUCAAGAAGAUUUAGAACCACUCUUGAAAAAUAUGGUAUUGCAUCUCAAAAGACUUAUAGAUGAAAGAGAUGAACAUUCAGAGACAAUUGUAGAACUCUCUGAAGAGCGAGAUGGUCUUCAUUUUCUGCCCCAUGCCUCUUCAUCUGGACAGUCACCCUGUGGUUCUCCAGGCAUGAAGCGAACAGAAAGUCGGCAGCAUCUCUCAGUGGAACUGGCUGAUGCUAAGGCCAAGAUACGAAGACUUAGGCAGGAAUUGGAAGAAAAGACUGAACAGUUAUUGGAUUGUAAACAAGAACUUGAGCAAAUGGAAAUCGAACUGAAAAGGCUGCAACAAGAGAAUAUGAAUUUGCUUUCGGAUGCUCGUUCUGCUAGAAUGUAUCGAGAUGAAUUGGACGCACUUCGAGAGAAAGCAAUCAGAGUUGAUAAACUUGAAAGUGAAGUCAGCAGAUAUAAAGAGAGACUGCAUGAUAUUGAAUUUUAUAAGGCAAGAGUUGAGGAAUUAAAAGAAGACAAUCAAGUUUUAUUAGAAACAAAAACCAUGUUGGAAGACCAACUAGAAGGAACUCGAGCUCGGUCUGACAAACUACAUGAAUUAGAAAAAGAGAAUUUACAACUAAAGGCUAAACUGCAUGAUAUGGAAAUGGAACGAGAUAUGGACAGAAAGAAGAUUGAAGAAUUAAUGGAAGAAAAUAUGACUUUGGAAAUGGCACAGAAACAAAGUAUGGAUGAGUCAUUACAUCUUGGCUGGGAGCUGGAACAGAUAUCCAGAACUAGUGAACUUGCUGAAGCACCACAGAAAUCUUUGGGCCAUGAGGUGAAUGAGUUGACAUCAAGUAGGUUAUUGAAGUUGGAGAUGGAAAAUCAGAGUUUGACAAAAACUGUAGAAGAGCUUCGAAGCACUAUGGACUCUACAGAGGGCAACACCUCCAAAAUCCUAAAAUCUGAAAAAGAAAAUCAAAGACUGAAUAAAAAGGUUGAAAUUCUUGAAAAUGAGAUAAUUCAGGAAAAGCAGAGUCUUCAGAAUUGUCAGAAUUUAAGCAAGGAUCUAAUGAAGGAGAAAGCUCAGCUUGAAAAAACAAUCGAAACACUUAGAGAAAAUUCAGAGAGACAGAUUAAAAUAUUGGAACAGGAAAAUGAACAUCUGAACCAAACAGUGUCUUCCUUACGACAGCGCUCCCAGAUAAGUGCAGAAGCAAGGGUAAAAGACAUUGAAAAAGAAAAUAAGAUUCUCCAUGAGUCCAUUAAAGAAACAAGUGGGAAACUGAGCAAGAUUGAAUUUGAAAAACGGCAAAUUCGAAAAGAACUGGAGCAUUAUAAAGAAAAAGGAGAGCGAGCGGAAGAGCUUGAAAACGAGUUGCAUCGCCUCAGAAAAGAAAGUGAACUGCUACAGAAAAAGAUAACGAACUUAAAGAUCACUUGUGAAAAAAUUGAGACAUUAGAACAAGAAAAUUCAGACCUAGAAAGAGAAAAUAGAAAAUUAAAAAAAACAUUGGACAGCUUUAAAAACCUUACUUUUCAGUUAGAAUCCCUGGAAAAAGAGAAUUCCCAGCUUGAUGAGGAAAACCUGGAGCUGCGAAGGAACGUGGAAUCGUUGAAGUGUGCUAGCAUGAAAAUGGCUCAGCUGCAACUGGAGAACAAAGAACUGGAAAGUGAAAAGGAGCAACUUAAGAAGGGCUUGGAGCUCAUGAAAGCCUCCUUCAAGAAAACAGAACGCUUGGAAGUUAGCUACCAGGGAUUAGACACCGAAAAUCAAAGACUGCAGAAAGCUCUAGAAAAUAGCAAUAAAAAAAUUCAGCAAUUAGAGAGUGAACUACAAGACUUGGAAAUGGAAAAUCAGACAUUACAAAAAAACCUAGAAGAACUGAAAAUCUCUAGCAAAAGACUAGAACAACUGGAAAAAGAAAAUAAAUCAUUAGAGCAAGAGACAUCACAACUCGAAAAGGACAAAAAACAAUUGGAGAAGGAAAAUAAGAGACUCCGACAACAAGCAGAAAUAAAAGAUACCACAUUAGAAGAAAAUAAUAUAAAAAUCGGAAAUUUGGAAAAAGAAAACAAAACAUUGUCAAAAGAAAUUGGUAUAUAUAAAGAAUCUUGUGUUCGUCUGAAAGAAUUAGAAAAAGAAAAUAAAGAACUUGUGAAAAGAGCAACUAUCGAUAUCAAAACUUUGGUUACAUUACGUGAGGAUUUAGUGACUGAAAAACUGAAGACUCAACAAAUGAACAAUGAUCUUGAAAAAUUAACUCAUGAGCUUGAGAAGAUAGGGUUAAAUAAAGAGAGACUCUUACAUGAUGAGCAAAGUACUGAUGACAGUAGGUACAAACUUUUGGAAUCAAAAUUAGAAUCCACUCUUAAGAAGUCUCUUGAAAUAAAAGAAGAAAAAAUUGCUGCUUUAGAAGCUCGACUGGAAGAAUCUACAAAUUACAACCAGCAGCUGCGUCAAGAACUCAAAACAGUGAAAAAAAAUUAUGAAGCUCUCAAACAGAGACAAGAUGAAGAAACAAUGGUGCAGAGCUCACUUCUAGCAUCUGGCAGAGAUAACAAAUGGGAGCGAGAAAGUCAAGAAACAACUAGAGAGCUCCUAAAAGUUAAAGACAGAUUGAUUGAAGUAGAAAGAAAUAAUGCUACACUGCAAGCAGAGAAGCAAGCACUGAAAACUCAACUGAAGCAGCUGGAAACACAGAAUAAUAAUUUGCAGGCUCAGAUUCUUGCUCUUCAGAGGCAAACAGUAUCAUUACAGGAACAGAAUACCACUCUUCAAACACAGAAUGCCAAGCUUCAGGUUGAAAAUUCCACCCUUAAUUCCCAAAGUACGUCACUUAUGAACCAGAAUGCACAACUUCUAAUCCAGCAGUCUUCCUUAGAAAAUGAAAAUGAAUCCAUAAUCAAAGAACGAGAAGACUUGAAAUCUCUUUAUGAUUCUCUGAUGAAAGAUCAUGAAAAGCUAGAACUUCUUCAUGAGCGACAGGCUUCAGAGUACGAGUCUCUCAUCUCUAAACAUGGAACUCUAAAAUCUGCCCACAAAAAUCUUGAGGUGGAACAUAAAGAUCUUGAAGACCGAACUCAGUUGUUAAAACAGAAAGGACAAUUGGAAGAUUUGGAAAAAAUGCUCAAAAUGGAACAGGAAAAAAUGUUGCUUGAAAGCAAAAACCAUGAGAUGGUAGCUGCAGAGUACAAGAAACUUUGUGGUGAAAAUGAUAGGUUAAAUCAUACAUAUAGUCUGCUUUUAAAAGAAACUGAAAUUUUACAGACUGAACAUAAAAAUUUGAAAAGUCUUCUAAAUAAUUCUAAACUGGAGCAAACAAGACUAGAAGCUGAAUUUUCAAAGCUAAAGGAACAGUAUCAGCAGCUGGACAUCACAUCCACCAAGCUCAAUAACCAGUGUGAGUUGCUCAGCCAACUUAAAGGAAAUUUGGAAGAAGAAAAUAGACAUCUACUAGAUCAAAUUCAGACACUAAUGCUACAGAACAGAACAUUGCUGGAGCAGAAUAUGGAAAGCAAGGAUCUCUUUCAUGUUGAACAACGACAGUAUAUUGAUAAGUUAAAUGAAUUGAGACGACAGAAAGAAAAAUUAGAAGAGAAAAUUAUGGAUCAAUACAAAUUUUAUGACCCAUCUCCUCCUAGAAGGAGAGGCAACUGGAUUACUCUGAAAAUGAGAAAAUUGAUAAAGUCAAAGAAAGACAUUAAUCGGGAACGUCAGAAAUCUUUAACAUUGACACCCACCCGCUCAGACUCCAGUGAGGGAUUUCUUCAACUGCCCCAUCAAGAUAGUCAAGAUAGUUCUUCAGUAGGGUCAAACUCUUUAGAAGAUGGCCAAACCUUGGGGACCAAGAAAAGCAGCAUGGUUGCACUGAAAAGACUGCCCUUUUUGAGGAACAGACCGAAGGAUAAAGACAAAGUGAAGGCCUGCUACCGUCGUUCCAUGUCCAUGAAUGACCUGGUGCAGUCCAUGGUCCUAGCAGGACAGUGGACAGGUAGUACUGAGAAUUUGGAGGUUCCUGAUGAUAUUUCCACGGGUAAAAGGAGAAAAGAAUUGGGAGCUAUGGCCUUCUCUACUACAGCUAUCAACUUUUCAACUGGCAACUCCUCUGCAGGCUUCCGACCCAAGCAGUUGGUUAAUAAUAAAGAUACUACAUCCUUUGAAGACGUAAGUCCACAAGGUAUUAGUGAUGAUUCUAGUACGGGAUCGAGAGUUCAUGCUUCAAGACCAGCCAGCCUUGAUAGUGGCAGAACAUCCACUAGUAAUAGCAAUAAUAAUGCUUCACUCCAUGAAAUCAAAGCAGGUGCAGUUCAUAACCAAAGCAGGCCACAAAGCCACAGCAGUGGGGAAUUUAGCCUGCUUCAUGAUCAUGAGGCUUGGUCCAGCAGUGGUAGCAGUCCAAUCCAGUACCUGAAAAGGCAGACCAGGUCAAGUCCUGUGCUCCAGCACAAAAUGCCUGAAACACUAGAAAGUCGAGCACAUCACAAGAUUAAAACUGGUUCCCCUGGAAGUGAAGUUGUUACUCUACAACAGUUCUUGGAAGAAAGCAACAAGCUUACCUCAAUACAGUUGAAGUCCUCAAGUCAAGAGAAUCUUUUAGAUGAAGUAAUGAAAAGUUUGUCUGUCUCUUCUGACUUUCUGGGAAAAGACAAGCCAAUUAGCUGUGCCCUGGCCAGGUCAGUAAGUGGAAAAACCCCAGGGGACUUCUAUGAUAGACGGACAACUAAGCCUGAAUUUGUGAAACCUGGUCCUCGAAAGACUGAAGAUGCCUACUUCAUUAGUUCCGCAGGGAAACCUACACCAGGCACUCAAGGAAAAAUAAAAAUAGUAAAAGAAACCUCUCUGUCACGACAAUCAAAAGAUAGCAAUCCUUAUGCCACUUUACCUCGUGCAAGUAGUGUGAUUUCUACUGCUGAAGGAACAACACGAAGGACAAGCAUCCAUGAUUUUUUGACCAAGGACAGUAGACUGCCUGUGUCAGUUGAUGCACCACCGCCUACUGCUGAUAGCAACAUCACUGCAACAUCUAGUGAGUACCAUUUACAGCAGUGGUCCUCUCAUGCACUUCAUACUCCAACAUAUGCUGUAGAUAUGCCUGAGUCUCUUUAUGCCCAGGCCAGAAACUCAAGAACAGAAAGAUCAUAUUUUCUAAGCCAAACUUUUGCCACUGUCAAAAUGUCUAAUGAUGCAUUUGGAAUAUCAAGUAAAGAUAACAUAGGGUCAUUUACUGUGGUUCAUUCAUCUCAGCCAUUUCUAUCCCUGAACACAAAAUUAGUUAGUAACAUAAGUGGGUUACCUCCCAAGUCACUUACCAGAAUAACUGACCAGCCAGAGGUAGAAACCUCAUUGGGUAAAGAUAAUGAACAGUUUUCUGAUAGUCAGAAUUCUAGUAAUAGUAACCCACAGUCCUCUGUAGAUAGCAAUAAUCGUAUCACUCCUGCAUGCCUCUAUCUUGAUGACAGAGAGUCUGCAUUAUUGGUUUCAGAGGAUAAUCAAACUGUUUGGUAUGAAUAUGGUUGUGUGUGAUCAAACUGCAUAAUAUAUUGAUGUCAUUUACCAUAUAUUGCGCUUCUCUUUCUGAUUUAAAGAGCUCUAUUGAAAAGUAUCAUUUGGCUAGAUUUAUAGUUUUACUUUAAGAUUGUUACAUAGACUUUCAACUGUAUACAAAGGGAUGUAUAUAAACAUGAAUGUGUAACCACACCAAAGUCUGCAUGGAAUAUUAAUUACAUUGUACAUUUUUGCAUGCCUUUAAAAACCUCAACCAUACUGUUCCUUUUUCAUAUCUUUUGUCACUUGAUAAAACAUUGCUUUGUUAUCUAGAAGCAUGUUAGAAUAGUUGCAUGUUCUGUUACCAAGAAGGUAUAUCCAAAUCAUUUGUUUUGUUGCUUCUGAAAGUGUUCAUUUGCUCUCUUCCUGCCCCUGCCCUCCUCCCUCUACUUUCUUAUUUUCCAGAAUGUGCACUCCAUAUUGCACAUGUAUAGUAUUAAUAAGGAAAGUAUGGUUUUGAAAAUGUCAUUUUCUUUUUGUCACUUAAUUAGCAUAUGCUCUCUGUCCUGUUAUUUGCAAAGAAAUCACAGUUCAACUUAAUUUUAAUUAAUGCCCAUGUUUAUUAAAUAUUGUACACAUUAAGACAUUGUUUAUUCAUGAAUGUAGUGUUACUCCUAGAAAUUCCCAUCAUAUUUAAAUGUGAUUUACCCAGUGGCUAGGAGCAUUUGUAUUUUAAUUCUCUUCUUUGUGCGGUUCUUUAUCUGAUAAAUACAAUAGCUUAAGUACUUUCCUUCAAGAUGACUAUUUAUUUGGAAUCC